GACUACGAAAGCCGCCAGAUCGACCAGUCCAAUCGCGACCUCCGCCAAACAAAGCCACGAAGUGAUAUCCUGUCGAGCGAAACCCUAGCCACAGACUUCUCCGGUCGCUACUGGAUCCUCUCUUCGUGCCUAGCGAUCGAUCAUUCGGAAGGAAUAGGUCACCAUGGCCGAUCUAGAGAAUCUGCUACUACAGGCAGCUGGAAGGACAGGGUCUGGCCGGAAGAACAGCAAUUCACGCAAACAAUCAAGAUGGAGGCGAGAUAGUUCUUACUCCGACGGAAGUGACUCCAAGGAUGAUGAUUCAGACAAUCCCAAGUAUACAAAAAGGAAACCGCCAGGCUCACAGAUUCCGCUGAAGAAGAGGUUUGACCCGCCAGAGACUGACAGGAGGAGCAGCCGGAGAGAUGAUGAUUACGAUGACAGUAGUCGCAGACACAGUGAUGAGGAUUCAGACAGUGCUCCAUCGGUUGGGAGUGAUCUUUACAAGGAUGAUGCAGACAAAGAAGAACUCGGGAAGAUGUCUGAGCUUGACAGGGAGAUGAUAUUGGCAGAGAGGAGUACUAAAAUAGAUGAUUACAAACUGAAAAAGAUGGCGAGAGCUUCAUCUUCAAAGAUGGAGAGGGGCCGAAAGAGGGGCUCUCCUCCAAUGCCACCUCCCGGUCGCUCAGCUGCCCGCAACGAUAAGACAGCCGCAAAGAGUGCUUUGAAUGAGCUGAGAGCAAAGAGAAUGAGACAACAAGAUCCUGAUGGCUACCGCAGUCGACUAAGGGACUUGACCGGGGAGGGAAGCAGCGGUGGUUUUGGUCUCGGCGAUUCUUCUCCUCCCAGACAUAGAAGUAUUGGUAUGGCUGCCAGUCCUCCCAGUGAUAACAGCAAUGAAGGCGAGAGCGGAGGCAGAAUUGACAGCGAGGAUGAUAAGUUCGGGGAAGAUAAGAAGAUAGAUGACGACUUAGAGGAUCUAUCCCCCUCAAGGUUGGAUGCGCCAAAGUUUGAGGAUGUUAAAGAAAUAACUAUCAGGAGGUCAAAGCUUGUGAAAUGGUUCAUGGAACCCUUCUUCGAAGAGCUUAUCGCAGGAUGCUUUGUGCGGCUUGGUAUCGGGAAGACUCGCUCCGGGAAGCCCAAGUAUAAGCUAUGCUUAGUACGGAAUGUUGAUGCGACUGACCCUGAAAAGCAUUACAAACUGGAACACUAUACGACAUAUAAGUGGUUGAAUUGCAUAUGGGGCAGCGAUGCAUCGGCUGCUAGAUGGCAGAUGGCUAUGGUUUCGGAUUCACCACCAUUGGUAGAUGAAUUCAACGAGUGGAAAUGGGAGGUGGAGAAGGGGAAUGGCCGGAUGCCGACCCGUCAGGAGGUGCUCGAUAAGAAGGCUGAAAUCCAGCGGAUCAAUAACUUUGUAUAUUCCGCUGCUACUGUAAAACAGAUGUUGCUGGAGAAGAAGUCAGCCUCGUUGCGGCCAGUCAAUAUCGCUGCUGAGAAGGACCGGCUUAGGAAGGAAAUAGAAAUUGCUGAAGCCAGACGUGAUAGAGCAGAGGUGGAGAGGAUCAGGGCGCGAUUGAAACAGUUAGAAGACAUGCCACAGCGUACAAAGCAGCUUGAUGAAAAGGCUGCUCGAUUGGCAGAGAUGAAUAAGAGAAACCGAGCUGAGAAUUUUAAGAACGCCUCGGCUUUGAAACCAGUUAACACUUCCUUGAAGGUCGGGGAAGCUGGCUACGAUCCAUUCUCGAGGAGGUGGACAAGAUCGACGAACUAUUAUGUUGCAAAACCUGGGGGAAUUGACAGUACAUCAACAGCAAAUACUGAGCAUGGCAAUUCUGUUAGUGCAAAUGUAACAGCGUCAAUGAAUGAAGUGGAGAGAGGUGAAGCAGCAACUGCUGCUGCACUGAGAGCUGCAGCCGGUGCCGGUAAGCUGGUUGAUACAGUUGCUCCAGUAGACCAAGGAACAACCUUUAACUUCCUUCAUGAUUUCGAUCUGCCAAUCUCGUUGGCUGCCCUACAGAAGUUUGGAGGUCCACAGGGUGUGCAUAUCGGGCUCUUGGCAAGGAAACAGAAAGUCGAAGCCACUUAUGGAUACAAGAUUCCCGAUAGCGAUGGGAGGAGGCAUCCGCUGACUUUGACAGUCAGUGAUUAUAAGCGUCGAAGGGGUUUGCUGUGAAUGAUACUCUCACGAAUUGUUCUAUGUAAGUUUGAGGUAAUUCUCAUGGAUGAGAUUGCCAAUCGAAUAUAUGGUAUGGCUUGCCACAUUUUACUUGAUCUCCCAACUAUCGAACAUUGAAAAAGCUCGGCAUCUUUUCUAUCAAAUGAAGUUUUUAGUGGGGAUUGUAGA